UUAAAAGUUUGUUCGAUUUUGAGGCAAGGUUUCGCAGAAUAUAGCCGAAAACAGUUAUGCAAGAGAAUUUUUGUAAAUAGGUGAAUGUAAUGAAGUUAAAACUUGGUUUUAAUCACCAGAACUUUGGUAUCACUAUAUUCGUGCUGAACUGGAAACUUGUGCUGAUCGUGUUGUGUAGUCUGUCGUGAUGGAUCAACUUUAUGAAAAAGAUAUGGGUGGUGGGACUUACAGAUCAAGGGAUCCAAUCAAAAAUUUCAGAAUUAAAAUCUCACUACAACGACUUAGUUCAUCUACAAUUGGAUUUCUGGCAAAAUCUACAGAAGGUGAACCCACCAGUGCACAAGGCACAACCACAACCACAAACCAAUACGGACAAACAAUUAUGGAAAGUGAGGAACUCACAGUACACUGGCAACAGAAAUUUUUUUCCCAGAGGGAAAUGGAAUUUUAUGGAUUUGAACCAAACUGUACUUCAGUAACCGAUUAUAAAUAUCAUGCUGAAGUUGACAAGCUCAAGAAGGGUUCAGGUCGACCAAACAACCGCAUCUUUUCUUACGUUGGAAAUGAGAGGUUUGCAUCUUUGGAGGAAGCGUACGUAACAAUUACUACAUCCGAUAAGGAAAUGAGGACAGAACUUGCAGAGAGGAUAAUGGAGGUGAGACGGAGGAGGAAUGUUGAUUCUUCCAACACCGCAACCUCAUGGAAGAUUAAUGGAGGAAAAAGCGUGGCAGGGAUGAAAAUAGUGGAAGAGAAACCGACUGUUGAGUUUCAACAAAACCACCAUGUUCUCACAACCCCUGUUCAUACUUUAGUAAUCAUGGCUGACCUCAGUCCCCAAGAACAACUUGGUAGGGCUGAGUUUGAGAGAAAAAUCUGCACAGUAGAAUUUGAUGAUAACAGCGUAAUGAGAGUCACUCCAGAUUUCACGGGAUCCAGACCUCCAUAUAGACUUGAAGAAGGAGGUUUAGGACGUGAUGUUUGGGAAUUCCGAAUCGAUCAUGUUUCCAACAGUGUGAGCAAGAUGGAAGCAAUGAGAGAAGCUAAAGUUAUAUCAGAGUUGUACCGCAAACACCAAGUCUAUCUUAAAAGUCUUGUGAGCGCAAAGUUUGAAGAAAUUCCAGAAAGAGUAUUUCGACUGAAUGUUUACGGGGAAGUGGUAUCAGCUCAGUCGUUUCAGCAAAAUGAUCUCCAUGUUGAAUUUCUUCUUGAUGUGCCAAGAGACUGGUCUUGUGAUCCAGCUCAACUAUUAUCGGGAUGCACACACACUUGUAGAACAACACUAGUGGAUGAUGUAGAGUUUGCAUAUUUCUGCCAACCGUUUCACUAUCACAUGUUCCUGGAUAUGGAAAAUAUCAAAGAAUUUGAGCCGCUCGAAUGGCCCCGAAUCUUCGUUCAUGUUAUUUCGUCUGACACGUGGGGUCGUCGUCGAACUGAAGGUUACGGAUACCUCACCAUACCCAGCACCCCCGGUACCCACACGUACACAGUACAAUGCUGGCGACCUCUUGGUAACGCUGGCUACCCAGCAAUUGCUGCGGAGUUGCGACGAUUUUUCAUUGGUGGAAAUCCAGAGCUUGAGGAUAUAUCUUAUGUUGCCGUUCCCAGCACUUUCGAGGGAAAUCGAUUAAACAAGUAUGGUGUGCGUACGGAAAGCACAGGCAGCGUGACUAUCAAGUUUAACUCCAUAUUACAAUGCAAAGCAUUUAAAGACGUUUCUGCAUCUGCUGCUGUGUCAAAAAAGAAACUGCAGAACGCUUUUCAAUUGAUGAAAGGCAAAGAAAAAAGCGACGCAAUCUCUGGUGUAAUGGAUGCCUUCCACAGGGCACGCAAGAAAAUGCAGUUGGCAAGAGAAAAUAUUCCGCUUGAAAUACGAGAAUCCGCUCAAAAGAUUGCCACCACAAAACAACAAUAUACGUCCGCGGAAAAUAAAAAGUGAAUUUUCCCUUUUUUUGCAAAUUUCUAUUUUUUCGUAAUAGUUUCACUUUUUUCUGCUUCCAUUUCAUUCUAUUUGAUAAUUUACAGCUGCACGCUUCUGCACCAGCAUAACAUAAUAUUGUACUUGUAUACCCUGUAGAUUUAUCUGUAUUAUCUUCAAAAAACGAAAAAGCAUCUUUUUAUAUAUAAAUAUAUAACAGAGCUGAGCUCUGAAAAAUGGACAUUGUUGUAUAACAAUAUAAUUUAUAAAUAAAUAUCAUAAUAUAUGUAAAUAUACACAGGUAAAAAAAAGUAAUAUUAAAUCAGUCUUGAAAUGGUU